AUUUGUGUUAUUUGAACUAGGGUUUUAAUUAGGGUUUGUUCAUCAUGGGAUCUACUACUAGAGCUGUAUCAAGAUUAUAUUCUAAAAUUCAGUCUUUAUCUCCCAAAUUCAGAACCCAUAAUAUUUCUGUUCCACCAUCAUUCAUCAAAUCAACAUUAAGCCCUCAACUUUCUUCAUCAUCAUCUCGCAUUGCUUCAAGGUUACCAGUGGAGCUGAGCGCAUUGAUAACAAUGUUGCCAUUGCAUAGUGCCAUUGCAUCAUCUUGCUUAAAAUCAGGAUUGUCGCUAGAGUCCCAAAGUUGGGGAUUAGUUCCUCAAGGCAUUUCAAUGCCUUUAUGACAGCUCCUUUUUGGUUUCUUACGCCAUGUGGAGGUCUGCUGAGUAGGAACAUAGGGCAUACAAGUUCUUUCUUUUGACAUGUAAUGCAACUUAGGUUUAAAAGUUUUAUGUCAUUCAAGUCAACACAAGAAAUCAGAUUUAAUAUGUUUUGAAUCUUUCACUUGAUUGUUUCCCCUUCAGCCUGAAUUUUCUGUUGUUCUGAAAAUAAAUACAAGAUUGUACAAAGGAUAUUCACUGAGAAGUGAGAGGGUAAAGCCCAAAUUUCAUUUUUCA